CCCAAACCUAAACCGGCCGACCGGGAUGAAGUAGUAAGCCCCUCCAAAACCAACUGCAAAAGCAAAAUAGCAAAGCAGAGCGUCUUAGAGAGCGAGGAUGAAGCGGUUGAGCUUGGAUCAGGUGCUCAAGGACAACAACACUCGCGACCCCAACUCCAUUUCCUCUCUCGUCCUCACUCACCGCGCUCUCUCCGAUGUUUCGUGUUUGAGCGAGCUCAAGAACUUGGAGCGGCUCGAUCUCAGCUCCAACACCCUCACUUCACUCGAGGGGUUGAAGUCAUGCGUCAAUUUGAAGUGGCUAUCUGUAUCUCAGAAUAAGCUGGAAAGCCUCAAAGGAAUUGAAGGACUUUCUAAGCUCACCGUCUUGAAUGCAGCCAUGAAUAAGCUUACAGUGAUGGAUGAGGUCAAGUCUGUUGUUAGUUUGCGUGCAUUAAUUUUAAAUGACAAUGAGAUUGCUUCAAUUUGCAGACUUGAUCAGAUGAAAGAGUUGAACACUCUGGUUCUAUCUAAAAAUCCAAUUUGUGAAAUUGGUGAUUCUCUGAUGAAUGUCAAAUCUAUCACAAAGCUUUCUCUUUCUCACUGCCAACUUCGGAGUAUAGAUUCUUCGCUGAAGUCAUGUGUUGAACUGAAAGAACUUCGGCUAGCUCACAAUGCUAUUGAGGGUCUUCCUGCUGAGUUGGCUCAGAAUAAGAGACUCCUGAAUCUGGAUCUGGGGAAUAAUGUGAUCACCAGAUGGUCUGAACUCAAGGUGCUUGGUUCCUUGGCCAAUCUGAAGAAUCUCAGUCUCCAAGGAAACCCUGUUGCAGAAAAGGAUAAAUUAGCAAAGAAGAUUAAAAAGAUGUUGCCGAACCUGCGUGUUUUCAAUGCAAGACCAAUAGAUAGAUACAACAAGAAUGAGAAGGUUGCCCGGGUUGAUGCAGUUGAUGAAGAACAAAAACAUAGAAACGUAAAACAUCAUGAGUUCAGUGAAACUAAGGAUAGUAAUCUUGAUAGUGCUAAAGAAUUGGAUAUGAAGAGGAAACGGAAUAUGGAGAAAGCAAAUGAGAAUGUCUCGGACCAGGAAGUUUUGGUCCGGGGGGAUGAAGGGGAUAGCAUCAAGAAGAAAAGACAUCAGGUUGUAAAUGAAGAUUUUAGUAAUCUUAAAGAUGCUGCUGAUUUGGAGGAAUCAAAGGGAAAGAAACUGAAAAAGAAAGGCCAUAAAGACGACGACGGCAAGGUUAAAAAGAAACUGGAUAAGACAAAGCAACAAAGUGAACUUGAUAUUAUUGACGAUGCAGACACUCCAUUUUUGGAGCUCUUUUCGGAUGACAAAGUGGUCGAUGCUGUGGAUGAUGGAAACCAAAGUAAAGUCAAGGACAAGGCUAGUCAAGACACGAAAUUAUCAAGCGGCGUAGUAACCAUCACUUCAAGUAAAGCCAAGAAUCGGAGCACAGGAUCCACUUUACCACUAUUGCCUGUAGAUGAAAUUGGAGUUGGCGGUCCAUCAUCAUGGGACGGAUGUAAUGUAAAAUUUUGAUUCACAUUCAUGUCUACAAUGAGUUAUUGGGUUUGGCUUUUAUUCUGUAGCAAAUCAUAAGUUAAACUUAGAUUCCACAUUUCUUAAGUUCGGGUGAUUUAUUUCAAACUCGAUGAAUGAGUUUUGUUUGAUCUCUGUUUGCUGUUGGUUAAGCAA